CCUCCAUGUCCCAACCUGCCCCUAGCCCCGGCCUACGAGUGUACUUCCCUUCACCUCUCCUCCUCCAAUGUCCCCAAUUUCCCCACCUGCCCCUACUCCCGUCCUAACAAUGUACUUCCCUUCACCUCUCCUCCUCCAUUUCCCCGUCUGCCCCUACCUCCGUCCUACCAAUGUAACCCCCCUCACCUGUCCUCCUCUUAUAAUCCCCAUUUCCCCCACCUGCCCCUACCUCCGUCCUACCAAUGGACUUCCCUUUACCCCUCCUCCUCUAUUUCUUUCUCACUUUGAAUACUCCUGUUGAGCAACUUUGCCUUGGCGCGAUUUUUAUUUCUGUACUAACCAUUGUUGCCAGGGGAAGGUUAAAGAAUUAUGUUACAGUGACUUAGUUGGCUUCCCUUCUAUUGAAUUAUUGUGCAUAAGAUAAGGAUUUCCGGGUGACUCCUGUUUGAGUCCUGUAGUAGCCAUUGUGGCAGUUCCAAUCUUGAACACACCCUAAAUCUGAGAGAAAAUAAUAUGUUCAUGUAAUUUGCUUAUUAAUAACUAUAUACAAUGGUAAUGAAUUGCCUAAACCUUAACAGAUGUAGUGUCAGGGUAUUUUCUUUUAACAUUGUAAAGGGGUCACAGGUGGCCCACAAGUAACUCACUCACUCACUCUCAUUGCAAACAUGAAGUAUUUUUUUAUGAUUCAUUCAAGCGAUCAUAAAAUCCUCAUUCAAGCACGGUAACUCUUUUUAAGUAGCAAACUGUACUAGAGUAGCUUCCCUUGGAAUGACCUUCGCAUUUCACAACGUUUCUUCUCCAUGUUCAACCCUGUAUAGAUGGCUGCCAAGUGUUGAUGUAGAUCUAACUUUAUUCACAAUGUAAGGCAGACGGAAGUGCCGAGUUGUGCAUAAAGUCGACGCAUGCGUGGUUUUGCCUAGAGUAGCGGCGUCAUGACAACAGCUAGCCCUUCCUGUGUGUCAGCCAUUUUGAGAGCUAUCACUGGAAGUGUUCUCAGUUUUAUUGUGCAAAAUACGACUCUAAAAGUGUGUACGACUUGAAGAGGUGGAGAAAACUAUGAAUCCCACUACGACAGUGCCUGUGACCCGCUUGCUCCCCGGGCUGCCAACAGUGGUGUUGGGAGAUGGGACCAGAUGUCUGAUAGAUAACAACACUAUCUGGAUACCUGCUGGUAAUCCUGUUAACCUCUCCCUGGAUGCUGGUUACCUACAGCCAAGACUCCUUCAGCCUGGAGGUCAGUCAUCUGUGACUGCUAUCCCCUUGCCUCCUGCAGUCCAGCCACCAUCUUGCAAUAGACGUAGGGAGAUGAUGCCUGUCUGCCAGCUGCCUGUCAGCCUGCCCAGUGCAGUGCUAGACCUGGAGCUGAUAAGACCAGAGGCCUUCUCCUGUGUUCUGCCCCAACUUGACCCACCCAGUCCAGUUCCUCAUCCCCAGUCUAUGGCCCAUGUUGAAACUCCUCCCAUGCCUACAACAAGCAACCCCAAACCCAAUGUCCAUCAAAAGCAGAAACUCGAGCUCAAGCCCUGCAAACGCAAGCCCCGCACGUUCAGGCCAAAACCUCAGCCAACGCCUCGCAUUCUGAAGGAGAAAAUGAUCAAGCAUCAGCCAGAGAGCAAGCCCUACUUUGUGCCUCAGCCUCUUGGCGCUCAGCACAUCAAAACCCAGAGCAGACCCCUGGGGAACCGUAUCACUAAGUCUGGGGGUAGAAAUAGUAUCAUUAAGGCCUCACCUAAGAGUUUUGCUGAACAGUUGUUGUCUGCUGAUGGUGCAUACUUAAAGCCAAAGUCUGUCUUGCCCAGUACAGGUUGCAAGACAUCCCCUGUCCCUGUUAAGAAUGUAAAGGAUAAGGUUGUUUCAGCACCAGAGAGUCCUAAGUCAGGUGGUGUCACUGCUGCAACAUUAAGUGUACAUUCUGCCAAGUCAGUGGACAGAUGUGAGCUAAACUCUGAUGAUGAAUAUGAUGUGGAAUAUCUGUAUCUUACCAAACUCAUUUUAAGGAAAAAGAAGAAACCCACAUCUGAGCCCAGCAAGGAGCCCCUGCCUUCACGCAAGAGGAAGUGCCCAGAUGACAACAGCGAGGUGUCCCAAGCUGUAAAGCAGGCGAGACUGGAGGAGCCCCAGGACACUCUUGAGGACCUGGAAGCUCUCCUGGCUGAGUACAGCUCCAGUCUCUCAUCUGGCACCAGGGACUUUUUCUAA